UCCAGUCUUCUCUGAGCGCGGCCCCCUGCUCCCUCUCUCUCUUCUCUCUCCCCCGCAAGUGUGCACAGUGCCACAACCCACUCUGCCACUGCGAGCUGAGCUCUCCCUCCACCUCCCCGAUCUGGUCACUGGCCGCAUCAGUCUCCACCAUCCCUUCCCUUCGCACGCACCUCUGAAACCCUAGACCCGCCUCGCGAGUUGCUUCGCCGCCAGCCGCCGCCGCCAUGGACCCGGCCCCGGCGGUCGCUGCGGAGCUCUGGCGCCCGCCUCACCUCGCCGCGGGCGGCGGCCGGGCGGUGGAAGCCACCUCCGCCGUCACGGAGAAGAGCGGCGGCGGCCGGGGAGGAGGCAGCGCCGGACGGAGAAAGCAGCGGGAGGCACCGGCGUCCGAGGACGACUCGUCCCGGAUCGUCUCCACUUCCGGCGGCGGCGGCGGUCAGGAUUUGACAGAUUCAGGAGCAAAACGUUUCAAAACAAAUAAAUCCAACGAUAAUAAUGGCAACCAAAGAACAGAGGCUGAAACUCAAACAAGAAGCGCUGGCAAGGGUGUUAGUAAAAACCCUCCAGCGCCAGAGCCACCGAAACAAGAUUACAUCCAUGUCAGGGCAAGAAGGGGCCAAGCAACUGACAGUCAUAGUCUUGCAGAAAGGGCACGGCGUGAGAAAAUAAGCGAACGGAUGAAAGUUCUCCAGGAUCUCGUCCCUGGAUGCAACAAGGUUAUUGGGAAAGCAUCAGUACUUGACGAGAUAAUUAAUUACAUUCAGUCUUUGCAAUGCCAAGUUGAGUUCCUGUCAAUGAAACUUGAGGCGGUAAAUGCCCAUGCGAACAAUGGUGAAGCAUUUCCAUCCAAAGAUUUUGCUGCGCAGACAUACAACACAGCUCCUGGACUGACAUUUGAUACCCAAACCCCAAGAGAAUACGCUCAAGGCACAUCGGCCUCGGAAUGGCUUCACAUGCAGAUUGGCGGUGGUGCCUACGAACGGGUGUCAUGAACAAGAUGAAUCCAGAGUAGCAUUCUAAUAAAGGGAACCAUGAUCAAUCAAGCCCAUGGUUCUAGAUUAUUUUUUGAAACUGUCAUGUUCCAGACGCAGUUUUAGUCAUGCUUGGAGCUGUAAUGCCAGUAGGAACAUGUAUUUUGAGGCGGGUACAAUUUUCUUUUCCCCAUCUGAAUCCAAGACACGAUCUUCCUUCUCCUAUUCAUGUGUUCCUUGGAAUUUC